CUAGAAGCAAAGUUUGGGAUUGAUAGUGUGAGCUGUGGAAGACUGCAAGUGAAAGGAAGGUUGCGCCCUUUUCUCACACGUCGGGAAUAAUAACUACUUUUUAGUUUUCCGACUGCGAACGCGCGAAUUUCGCGGUUCAGCGUCGCCGCUCGUCGCGCAGCUUUGAAGGCGAACCACAGCCAUGUCCGAGGACCCGAGCUGCCAACCUUGGUCCAUCAACAAAGAUGACUAUGAGCUGCAGGAGGUGAUCGGGAGCGGUGCCACAGCGGUGGUCCAGGCGGCCCACUGCAUUCCCCGGAAGGAGAGGGUGGCUAUCAAGCGCAUCAACCUGGAGAAGUGUCAGACCAGCAUGGACGAGCUCCUGAAAGAGAUCCAGGCCAUGAGUCAGUGCCAUCACCCCAACAUCGUUUCCUACUACACUUCGUUUGUGGUGAAAGAUGAACUGUGGCUGGUGAUGAAGUUACUUAGCGGCGGCUCUGUGCUGGACAUAAUCAAGCACAUCAUAUCAAGGGGUGAACACAAGACGGGCGUUCUGGAUGAGGCCAGCAUAGCCACCAUCCUGAAGGAGGUGCUGGAAGGGCUGGAGUACCUCCAUAAAAAUGGCCAGAUCCACAGGGAUGUGAAGGCUGGGAACAUUCUCCUGGGUGAAGAUGGUUCUGUACAAAUCGCAGACUUUGGUGUCAGUGCCUUUCUAGCCACGGGAGGCGACAUCACGAGAAACAAGGUGCGGAAGACAUUCGUGGGGACCCCCUGCUGGAUGGCCCCGGAGGUGAUGGAACAGGUUCGAGGCUAUGACUUCAAAGCAGACAUCUGGAGUUUUGGGAUCACGGCCAUUGAGCUGGCGACCGGAGCUGCUCCCUACCACAAAUAUCCUCCCAUGAAGGUGCUCAUGCUGACCCUGCAGAACGACCCUCCCGUACUAGAGACGGGUGUCACAGACAAGGAAAUGGUGAAGAAAUACGGCAAGUCCUUCAGGAAGAUGAUCUCGUUGUGUCUACAGAAGGACCCAGAGAAAAGACCAACGGCUGCGGAGCUAUUAAAGCACAAAUUCUUCACAAAAGCAAAGAAUAAUGAAUAUUUACAAGAAAAGUUACUCCAGAGGGCCCCGACAAUACUCGAAAGAUCCAAAAAGGUACGCAGGGUGCCCGGCUCCAGCGGGCGGCUCCACAAGACGGAGGACGGCGAGUGGGAGUGGAGCGAUGACGAACUGGAUGUGGAGAGCGAGGAGGGCAAGGCGGCCGUGGCGGCCCUGCGGUCACCGAGAGUGAAGGAGGGGUCUCAGAAUACAGAGAUUUUUCCAACGACGGAGCCUUUAAGUAGUCACCUGCAGCCUUCGGCGCCCGGCCAAGCCCAGCUACCUCAGCCUGCUGCUCCUCCAGCCAACGUCCCGCCCGCAGCCCAGGCCGCGGCGUCUGCGCAGGGCCCGCCCACCACUCCUCCAGCUGCACCGGCUCCGGCCGCUGCACCAGCCUACGACGCGACCAGAUCCCCCAUCAGCUUGGUAUUAAGGUUGAGAAAUUUAAAGAAGGAGCUGAAUGAUAUAAGAUUUGAAUUCAUGCCCGGAAGAGACACAGCAGACGGGGUUUCCCAGGAGCUGGUGUCUGCAGGCCUGGUGGAUGGAAGAGACUUAGUAAUAGUUGCUGCCAAUCUGCAGAAGAUCGUUGAUGAGCCUCAAACCAACAGAAAUGUGACUUUCAAGCUGGCUUCUGGUGUGGAGGGAUCUGAGAUUCCAGAUGAUGUUAAACUUAUGGGAUUUGCACAGCUCAGCAUUAGUUAAACCAUAGUACUAACAUGGACCCAACUUGCCUAAAACAAAGAAGAAGAAGAAGAAACAGUAUUGCACACCUUGUGCAUUUUAUUUUCUUUUACUGGCCUAAAGGAACCACUACUGCCAAAGAAAUUACUUAUCACCCCAUAGGAUUCGGAAACAUUUCUUGACUAAAUAGGAUUGUUCAUUGCUAAUGCAGAGUACAGUAUAGGAAUCACACUAAAUAUAUUGUUUACAGUGUUUGUCUAGAAGGAUCUCGGUCGUCGUCAUCCACUCAUGAGAUUUUCACUGAUUUUUAAUUUUUUUUCCUCUUUUGUAAUAUGGCUUUUAUUUGCACAUUCUCAGCUUAUUCUCUCAAGGUCCUGGUGAUGUAAGAACGCCUUAUCGGUGACAGUACUACUGAGUAAAUAGCGGCUUGCUUGGUCCCUGUAUGCAGAGACGGACACGGGGUGCGUUUGGAAGCGCCAGCUGUUUCUGUAGGGAACCAUAGAUGCACGGUGGCUGAACGCAACACACACAGAUUGCAUGUCCUCGUGUCACAUGCCUGCAUCUGGUAUAUCUGGUUUGGAUGUUUUGCUGAAUGAUGCAUUAAAGCUGAAGGUGGAGUUAAUAGAUAAUUGUUAAUUAGUUGGACUGAGGUCAUGUUAACACACUUCUGAAAUGUUCUGUCUAGAUGUUUGUCCUGCUGCCGUUUUUGAAGGAAUAUCAUAAAUGGGAUGAGUGUCAUUUUAAUCUGGCCAGAUAUGUCUGCUGCAUUUUUCUCGAUCCAUAUUUUAGAGGCUGCGUGUAUGCUGGAGCGUGACGACUGCUUUGAAAGACGGGCGGAAUGGACCCGACGAGGCGCCGCCACGUUCACACCUCGAGUUUCAAACGGCGAGCGGUUUAUUUCAGGAAGCUGCCGUCUGGCUCCCUGUUGUUAUCCAUCGCAAGCAGGCAGCCGGCGCUCUCGUGGCGGUCAGAGAGCUGCCUAGGAGCUCUCGAGAGGUCCGUGACAAGGGUUUGUGGGUGCUGCUCAGGUGCUCUGAGGGAGGGGGUGGUGGUGGUGGUGGUAGGAGGGGGUUGCUCAGUUUGAAGAACGGUCCCCAGAAGCUGGAGUGCUCAUCUUUAACCAGAGAUGUGCAGGCUGAUUCGGGAGGCGGCGGCCUAGAUGAAACAAACAGGACGGUGAGCGCAAGCCCCCCCAGUGGCGGAUUACGGGGUCGUCACUCCUUCGCCGCUCAACUGCACACCUCUCACCGUGGACAAAGUGACUUGGCAUCGUUUCCCCGUUUGGUUAACAGCGUCGCCUUUGUGUUUAAUAAUUACAUUUUAGUGUCGGUUUAUUUUCUGAACGGUCUUUGCGCACGUUGGCCUUUUUUCAAAUUUUUUUUUUUUUUUCUUUUUGAAGAUGGCUGCAUUUCUUGCGUAGGAAUAGGACAGAACAAAUACAGCUCGUUUUCGUUUCUCUCGCACCACGUAGCUUCACAGCAGGGUUUAAUUCGGAAAGAGCGGCACUCGUCUAUGUUCAAGGGCUCACCUUCCGCUUCGAGUUGACAUUUGCAGACCUUCCCUCACGGCUGCCUGCACGCCCAGAAGGCAACGGGGAGGUGAUGCUGCCGCUCUGGGUAAAGUAUCCUAAUCUGGCCUUUUAUCAGUUCUGCCAAAAAUACUAUACCAUAUUCUGACUCGGACAGCUCUCCGGUGUACUCUCGUUCCCCUUCGUCUCCGAUACUUCACUUGAGAGGUUCGCCACAUUUUGGGCAAUGCACAUCUUUUGUCUCUUAGUGAAUUUCCCAUUUAGUCACCAGCUUUAUUUACCGUGGUGUAGGAUCCUGCUGUUGUGCCAGUUUUGAUGCUUUCUAACUGUGGCCUUGAAUACGUCGUCUGCAUGUUCUCACCUGUCCACAGGUA